CCUCUAGUGUAUAACAGUCUUUGAGUCUCCAGUCUUUAGUUCUGUUUGGUGAAUGAGGCUAGUGAAGAUAAAAUGCAUGUAUUAACCAAAAGCUGUAUCCUACUUUUGUGGAUGCAUACACUGACCUUUGUGAAAAGCCAAGAUAAUCCAGGAGCGUGUACCCUUGAAGAUUUUAAAAAGUACCAUCUCUACGAUGGCAAUUUUGACAUAAGUGGUAUGCAGGCCAGUUACCCUGGUGGGAGACAAGUGAGAGUGGGCUGCAAUGUGGGCUACAGUGGCUUUUUCAAGCUGAUCUGUGUAGAGGGAAAAUGGCAACACAGAGGCACUAAUUGUCAACCGAGAUCAUGUGGUCAUCCUGGCGAUGCCCAGUUUGCUGAUUUUCAACUUAGAAAGGGGGACGAUUUUGUCUUUGGCUCAGAAGUUGUAUACACCUGCCACAAAGGAUUUCAAAUGGUCAGUCGGACAAACUUCCGACGUUGUAUGGCAGAAGGCUGGGAUGGUGUUAUUCCCGUCUGUGAAGCUCAGCAGUGUCCGUCAAUUAAUGUUCCCGAUACUGUGAAUGUGAUGGGAGAUGCAGAAGAAGCUACCUACGGCAAUGUAGUUCAAUUUAGCUGCAAGUCCAGCAAUUACAUUCUGAAAGGGGCAAGAGAAAUUUAUUGUGAUGAAAAUGGAGACUGGAAAGGUUUGGAGGCCGGCAAUCCAAAAUGCGAAGUUGUAAAAUGUGAACCACCGAGAAUUGAAAAUGGUUUUGUACUUGGAGAUAUCAAAGAGUACAAUGAACGUGAAAUCUUAAACUAUGAAUGCAAUCCUCAAUAUAAACGUGUUCAAGAAUUACCUUCAAGGUGCACAAAAAACGGAGACAGAGCAGAGUGGACCCCCACACCUGAAUGUGAAGAAGUAAAAUGUGAGCUGACACUGCCACCACUCCGAGGAACCACAUAUGAACCUGCUUAUAGAAAUAGGUUUUCACCUGGUGAAACAAUAAGAGUUACAUGUGGGGAGAGAUACUGGAUUGUGGGAACUCGCACACUCUCAGUGGAGACUACUUGCAAAAAGGAUGGAGAGUGGACUGUCAGACCAGUUUGUCAAGAGGUUGCAUGCAGCCGUCCACAUGAUGGACUUUUGUCCCCCAGGGAAUCUUGGCGUUGGGACUCAAAGAAAUUGGGUGAUACUGUCAGGUACACAUGUAGAUCAGGAUACAAGAGGAAAGAUGGCGUCACUCAGGCCACAUGCACCAGAGAUGGAUGGGAACCGAAUCCACUUUGUCAAGAGAUAAAAUGCAGGAGGCAACAUUUUAAUAAUGCAGAUAUUACUGGAAAAAUUCAGGCUGAAUACAGGUACAAUGAUCGUGUCCAGUAUAACUGCAGGAGAGGUUAUAAAGGAAGUUUCACUCUAACCUGUAGAGAAGAUGGCUGGCAUGGGUCUAAUGUAUGUACAGCUAUAACAGGAUGUCCAACAACGAGCUUUGACCGCAGACUUAAAGUAUUGCCACACGGUGACAAACUUUACUUCACAUGUGAGGAUGGUUACAAACUUCUCACCAAAGGCUGGUGGGGUGAAGCCACAUGUGUGGACGGCGUUUGGUCUGGAGUUGAAAGCUGUAUUGAGGAACAAAAAUGUGGAGAAGUUCCUGUGAUUCCUAAUGGGGAAGGGAUACUAGGGAGUACUGAAGGACAAGGACAAGGACAAUCCCAAGAAAUUAUAUCGAUUGUUUGCAAUGAAGGAUACUCUGCUAAGAUUGACGAAAUACCUUGUCUUGAUGGACAAUGGAAUUUAAAUGGAUCACUUGAUGCAAUCUGUGAACCUAAUCAGGGUAACUGCAGCCCUCCACCCAAAGUUGAAAAUGCUGUUAUUGCUACUCUUUAUCAGAAGCAAUACCCAUCUGGCUCUGAAGUAACUUAUCAGUGUCGUGAUAAGUACACAAGAGAAGGAGAAGCCAUGAUUAAAUGCACAGCUGGGGAAUGGGAGGAGCUCAAUAUUCAGUGUAUACUCUACUGUGACCAGCUUAUGGAUGAGACUCUGGACUUCACAGCAGAGAAAGAGAAAUACAUGACUGGAGAGACCAUCGAAUAUCAGUGUAAGAAUAGAGCAGGAAUUACUGGCACUGCAACGUGCCAACAUGGCAACUGGGCUAAAACAACAGAAUGUGAAGAGAAAUGUAGAGUCCCUGAAACACCAGCAGGUUUAACAAUCACCACAGAUGUAACAGACAAUCAAAUAAGAAAAGGACAAUAUCUAACAUUUGCUUGUGAAGACAGUAAUCACAUCAUCAAAGGGAAUGCAACACUUGAGUGUUUGGAAAAUGGACGGUGGAGCAAUCCUCUUCCCACAUGUGAAGCUGCCAAGGAUUGUAGGAGGCCACCACCACCUCUUUCAAAUGGACGGGCCAAACCAGGGACUAGAUACCCGUACAGACACAAUGACAAGGUCGAAUAUGUGUGUGACACAGACUACGGCAUGGAGGGUGGGCCGUUCAUAACCUGUGUCGAUGGUGAUUGGGUUGGAGAGAUGAGAUGCCGCCCUGCCCAGGGUUGUGGGAAGCCACCACCUCUUUCAGAUGGAGACACCAAAUCAAGUACUAAAUACCAGUACCAACAUAAUGAAAGGGUUGAAUAUAAAUGUCAGGAAUACUACGUCAUGGAGGGGGGACCAUUCAAAACUUGUAAAGACGGUAAUUGGACUGGAGAGAUCAGAUGCCUCCGACCCUGCACUGUGAAUAGAGAUGACAUGAACAGACAUAAUAUUCAGUUCAAACAUGUAAGAGAUGAUAAACUGUAUUCUGAACACAAUGAUGUAAUCGGGUUUGAGUGUAAAAGAGGAUACAGACAUGAUGGGGCAGUGGGAAUGCGUCAGAAGUGUGAACAUGGUGUGAUACAUUUACCGACUUGCCAGUAAUGCUUUUUUGUACAAGACUAGAUAAACAUGAGGGCACUAAUGUGUCAAUAAUUGAAGACCAGAUUAAAGAGUUAGACCAGUGCUGUUUGUGGUCAUUUCAAUAAAAGCUAAUAAAUGCUGACUGA